AUGUCAGAAAUCACCAACUGCCAUAUUGACCCCUCUUUUACUGAGUGUAUAAAAGAAGUUCAAUCAGGUAUUUCAAAAGAAGAUAAAUUUUACAUUAAUGUUGAGCCCUCAGUUUAUGAGGUAAAUGACUAUAUUGUGCAUGUCAGCCAGUCAGAUGGCCAAUUAAGAUAUGAUGCAGGAAAUGGCAAUUAUUUCAAAAGAAUUGACGGGCGAGUAUUUGAAGCUGAGUUGAAUAACCAAAAAUUCCGAUUCAAGACCCCUAGAUGUGACUACUCUCACAUUCAACCCAACUCUCACUUUACAUGUAUAGAUGUUUUGCAGGAGAAAAUCGCUUUAGGUGACUCUGAAGGUCUUAUCAACGUCUUCGAUUCUAAUUUCAACUUGAACUUACAGUUGACAGGCCAUUACUCGGAUAUUACUAGUGUCAAAUUCUUUCCCAGCCAAAAAGUUUUGCUAAGCAGCUCAAGUGAUAUGCAAGUAAAAAUUUGGUCUCUUGACGACGGGAGCAACCCACGAACUCUGGCUGAACACCGUGCUGCUGUAACGUGCACUGGUAUAGUAGACAGGGGAAGAAACAUUCUAACGGGCUCUGAAGAUGGUACUAUCAAACUUUGGGAAUGCGGAAGUGGUGAGGUCAUCUACACUUUCUUUAGGAAAGAAAACAAAAGAGAUGCUGUUAAUGAUAUUCUCUUACUGUGCACAGAGGCCGCUUCAUUUGAUACACAUGAUUUAGAGUUUGGAACCGCCGGUAAAACAUUCUUGGCUGCUCAUCACUCUGGGGUCAUUACCUAUCAUGACAUUUUUUCCAAAGAACAGCUACUACAAAUUCCAAGCGAGUUUAUGAACCCCUGCAUUACAUUAUCUGCAAGUAAUACACAGCUUUCUGAUAUUUCGCCGUUUUACCUAUAUGCAGGAUACGAAAAUGGUACGCUGGCACAGUGGGAUCUCAGGAAACCUGAAAGGUCGGUCCAGGCCAUGCAUUUAAACAAAGGGACACCAAUAAAUAACAUCUACUUUGAUAAAGAAAGCCUAUAUGUAUCCUCAAAUGUUGACACCACUGCAGAAAUCGAGAUUGAUUUAGAUACUGGGCGGCUGAGAGAUCCCACGUUUUUAGUGUCCAACGACUGUGAAGUAUCGCAAUUCAAGAGUUCAGGUGAUGAUGGGGCUAUUUUCGCUGUGGGUAAGCAGGGGUUCUGGGCCGUGUACUAG